AUGGUGGACCAAGGUAACCUCCAGGGAGAUGUCUGGCCUCGUCUUCCUAAAAAAUUCGAGAAGUUCAUCUUCUUUCGGAUUACCAAUCCUGCGGAGUUCAAGAAAGCACUUCCACAGAUGGCUGAUUACAUCACCACGGCCCAGACGACUGUGAAAAACCGUGAAGAUAUCAUGAGAAAGAAAGCCGAUGGUAGCAAGGAGCUCAUUAAGAUGGUGUCGAUGAACAUUGCCUUUACGGCUAGUGGUCUGGCCAAGCUUGGUGCAGAGAAGUUCAACGACGACAUCUUCAACGGUGGCCAAUUCAAAGACAUGACUUACCCAGAGGAGGGCGAGAAAGCUGAAGACCACCAAGGCCUCGACGACCAGCGGGAUUGGGCCCCUGAAUUGAAGCCCAGCAAUGGUUUCAUUGACGGCUGUCUCACCGUGACUGGUGACACUCAAGAUGGCAUUGAGAAGCUGACCCGGAAGACAUUCGACUGGGUCUUCAACAUCGGCAAUGACAAGCAAAGUAUUGAAAAGGUCUUCAGCAAGGACGGUACCGUCUACAAAAACCAUAUCGAACACUUCGGAUGGGUGGAUGGUAUUAGCCAGCCCCUUGUCAAAGGGUUGGACGACACUUCAGCAUACAACGGCAAAGGAAUGAAGCCAGUCGACCCCGGAGUGUUCAUUGUCGGACAUGAGGGCGAUGAGAGUAAGACUCCUAAAUGGGCCAAGGACGGCAGCUUCAUGGUUUUUCGCAUCUAUGAGCAGCUGGUCCCCGAAUUCUACCACUGGUGCUCUCAGAAUUGCCCUACUGCAGACGAGGAGACCAAAAAAGCUCAAGCAAAGGGGGAACCGGUUUACUGGACGAACGAGGCGCUGGAUGAAAUGGGCCUGUUCUCUUCACGAGCGUCGAUGCUCAAGAUACUGAUCAAGAGGAACGCAUUAGGUGCUGUAAUGGAGGAGCAUCCUCUAGUAGACCCCAACUCGAGGCACUGCGAAGGAAAAUACAGCGAGGACGAGUUGAAGGCGCUGAACCACACGGAUGCCUUCAACUAUAAUCCCGUGGACCAGACCAAGUGUCCUUAUGCAUCCCACAUGCGCAAGACUGGCCCUCGAGACGACUAUGCUGAAUACGCCAAACACACCAUGCUGCGCCGAGGAAUUCCUUAUGGGCCAUUGUGCGAUCCUGAUGAGAGAGGACUUGGUGUUACUAAGACGGAGCGUGGUCUGCUGUUUGUCAGUUACCAGAGCAGCAUCGAGAACGGAUUCGUCACGCAGCAAAAGCGAUGGGCCAAUGCUCCCAACACCCCAUCAGACAUGGCUCAACACGGUGGAGGUAUCAGCCAGGGGAUUGACGCCCUUAUUGGCCAAGUUGCGCCACAUCGACACGGGAAGCCCGAUGCUUUUGGAAUUAAUGCCGUAUACCAAGAUCCUCCUAAGAUUCCCUUCCCUAGCACGGACGUUACGAAAAUUGCUUCCCAGCCUUUUGAUUCAACUGUUGAUCUGCACAGAAUCAUUGUUCCUCACGGCGGAGAAUACUUCUUUGCUCCAUCGAUUUCUGCUCUGAAAGAGUACCUGCCCAAUGCCUAG